GCACAGAUUUCUGGGAGUUGUAGUCCCAAUUUAUGCGAGUAGGCAUGGCGGCCUGCGUUGUAGCGGGGAAUGGGAGCACUUUGGGCUUGGCGCGGAGCUUAAGAGCGUCUAGAGUGCUGCUUCUUGGGCCAGCCUUUGUCGCCCGCUGGAUUCUCUCUGGUCCGGCCAGGCAGCAGAAGUCUGGGACUUCCGAGCCCGGUGCGUUCCAGCCGCCGCCGAAACCGGUCAUCGUGGACAAGCGCCGACCUCCGGACAAGGAGGGGAGGUUCUUGAGUCCUGAAUUUAUUCCUCCAAGAGGAAGAACAAGUCCUCUGAAAUUUCGAAUAGAAAGAAAAGAUAUGUUAGAAAGGAGAAAAGUACUAUACAUUCCAGAGUUCUACGUUGGAAGCAUACUACGUGUUACCACAGCUGACACAUAUGCCCAAGGAAAAUCUAGCCAGUUUCUGGGAAUUUGCAUCCAGAGGUCAGGAAGUGGACUUGGAGCUACUUUUAUCCUUAGGAAUACUAUUGAAGGGCAAGGUGUUGAGAUUUGCUUUGAUCUGUAUAAUCCUCGAAUCCGUGAGAUAGAAGUGGUCAAAUUAGAGAGACGGCUGGAUGAUAACUUGCUAUAUUUACGAGAUGCCCUUCCUGAAUACAGCACUUUCGAUAUAAAUAUGAAGCCAGUAACAACAGAGGUUGACCAAGAAGUUCCUGUUAAUAAGCUGAAAGUAAAAAUGAAGCCUAAGCCUUGGUCUAAACGCUGGGAACGUGCAUAUUUUAAUAUUAAAGGAAUAAGAUUUGAUCUUUGUUUAACUGAAGAACAAAUGAAAGAGGCUCAGAAGUGGAGUCAGCCAUGGCUUGAAUUUGAUAUGAUGAGGGAAUAUGAUACUUCAAAAAUUAAAGCUGCAAUAUUGGAUGAAAUUGAAACAUCAAAAAAAUCCUGAUUCUGAGAUGCAUUUGGUUACCUAAGGAGGAUGUAUUGGCUUUCUACAGGAUUUAUCUUGAAACAAUUUAAUUUUAUUUGUAAGAACGUAAUCCUUAAAUAAACUAAGCAUUCUUUUUCUAAAUUACUUUUCAAAAAAUAAAAAUUUCACAGCAGUUUAUUACUGAAAAAGAGAA